AGGAGGCAGAGCCACAGCCAGUAGAGAGGCUCCCUGGUCCCACCACCGACCAAUGAGGACCAGGCUGGGACGUACAGUAGCCCGGUCCAGCUGGAGGAGGAUGGCCGUCUGUAUGUUGGGGUGCGGAGGACCUGAUGUCUGGUUUCCAGUGCAGGAUCAAACCGGGCGGACUGGCCGUACAGUCCUUUAACCCUCAAAUCACAAAACUCAUCCCGUACCCUCUGAAAGCGAUUGACUAUUGAUGUUAUUGGAUUGAUUAGCAAAGUGAUAUAUUAAUGUAAGUGAUAUCCGUGUAGACGAUUUCCAAACGUGACCAAAAAUUAUUUUAAUGACAUUUUAAUUCAUGAACCCUGAGAUGUCGUACAGGACGUCACAAACCUGAUGUCACAUCCAAACUACUGAUUUCAUUUGGAUUUCCAGCUGCCGUCGAUUUCAGGUUAUUUUUAUGAACAAUCAGCCUUCAUCAACCUGAGGCUGAGAUAUUACACUUUCCAUCUCAGUGAACUUCAAGUUGCCUUAGUUUUAUUGUUUAUUUAAAACUAGAGGUGCACAAUUAAUCGAAAUAUAAUCAAUCGCAGAAGCUGCAUGAAGGUAAAAUGUGUCACAUAGUUGAGCAUCGUUAGCAUCGUUAGCAUUGUGGUGCUACAGAGACGCCCCGACCUACAAAUCAUAUCCUCCAGACGUAAAGGAACAAAAAUCACAUCAUCAUUAGUUUAAUAUUUUAUUUUUCUGAAAAUAAAAUGUAAAAAUGAUCAUUCCAGCUGAAAACGCAACGUCGCUAAGAUUGUUUUGCAUAUCGUGCAGCGCUAUUUAAAAUCUAAUUUACAUUGUUGUAUUAUUAUUGUACACUUGUGAGCAGGGAGUUUUAAACCACAGUUUGUGAGUUAUGUGAGUUAAAGGACAAAACUUUUACUUAUUUCCCCACAAAUAGUUUGAUUUGUGGGAUGAAGAGAAACACGUUGCUGCAGCUCUGUCAGGCUCGGCUCAGCUCGGCUCGGCUCGGCUCUGCAGUCUGGAUCUGGAUCUUUGUCUUGAGACUGAGUCUUAACCAUCGACCUUCAAACUAAUGCCGGCAGAUCUCGACUCUCAGCAGCGACUCUGUAGAGAUCUGUAUGUUUCAUUCAACCAGUCCUUUCUAAAGUUGUAUUAGUUGUGUUUGAUGAUGACGUCACUGCUCUGCUUUUUAUAUUCUCUUACAUUAUUAAGACUCACUGCAUAUUAACAAUACUUGACUGUAAACCACUAAUAUUCACAUUGAUACAUUAUCAGCUGCUUGGGUUUGAUAUUGGCAGAUUGAUCCGUCAUCGUUUACCUUUUUGAUUUAUGUGUUUUAAGCUACAAGUUCACAGUAAUGCUUUAAAAGUAAAUAUUAAAAUGAAUCCUGGUUCACUCUGUGCAGACAACACAGUGUAACUGCAGUUUCCACUUGGUUUUAAUGGGAAAAAAAAGAAUUGCAGCUCAGUUUACAGACGCAUUAAUUUAGUUUCUCUUAGCGCUUAGCUGUUAGCUUUGUCACUAGUUUACAUCCGUAAUGAAGAAUAAAUGUGAACAGUUAACUGUGCUAGAGACAAGUUAAACUGUUUAACCACACGUUGUGUCAUGGAAAACUCAUCCUGCUACAGUACAACAUCAGUAAUCAACACAACAUCAAAACUUGGAUUGGAUUACAUUUUCUAAUUAUUCUAAAGCUUUCACAGUAAAAUGUCAGAUGGCUUGAGAGAGAUUCUAAGAUCCGAUCCUAAGACCUGGUAUCAGCUCAUCUUCAUCUAAUCUCAUGCUAAUAAUCUUUAGCUAAACAAGAAGAAGACAUUUAGCCAGUAGUGAGCGUAGCUUCGAGUGAACUGAGUAACAUUCAUAUCAUAUCAAAGAUUUAAGAUUAUAGACUGAUCAAGAAGCUCAUCAAGUAAUAACAUGUGACGUAGAUCUAAUCACUGGGUUGUUAUUAAGAAAAAUCCCUGAUCAGUACGUCCCUGCUCUUGACACGUGCAGCUGGUGGUUUUCAUUUCCUGUCUCUGCUGUUUGUUGGUUCAGAUGAGAAGAAGUUAAAGGGUCCUGUUCCCAGGAGAGACAGACUGAGGAAAGAGGACAAGAAAGAGGUGAAGAAGAAAGAAGAGAAGAAGUUAGAGGACGCCACUCAAGAGGUUAAACCCCCCAAAGGUAGAGAUCUGACCGCUCCGUGUGAGUGAGCUCGUACACUAAUCCCUUGUUCUUGUUGACUCGUUUGUUGACGGCGGUCUGUCUGCAGCGGGAGAUAUGCAGCUCACGGUCUGAACAAACGUUCUUAUAUUCGAUAUCCAGCUCAACCUCUUUGUUACCGAGCUGUUUGUUAAACGCUCUGAGCUGACGGGCUGUUUGUUCCUCUCUGUGUCAGACAUGACAGAAGGAGAAACGGCCGCCAGAGAGAACGCAACCCGAGGUACUAAAACCUGCCGUCUGCAUGUUUUCUUUGGUCUGACUGAUACGUUCAAGUAGAUUUUGGUUUAACAGCUGGAAGUCCACUGAUCUUGCUCGUGCAUUUUCACGACAGUGCGACCUCUGUGACCUCUGUGACCUCUGUCUCACCAUGUUUGUUUAGAAUAGUUUGGUUGGUUCCUUGCAGACCCACUAAUCAUUCAUUUUUUAACAUUGUGAUCAGCAGGACAGGUAAACAUGACACUAUAGAUCAUGAAACAAUAUUAUCACACUGUAGAUAGAGACACUGAUCGGUGUCAUACCGUUCGGGACGAUGUGCUGAAUUGGUUAAAACAGACGUCCGUAGUUCUUUCACCCAUCAACAGUUUCUCUUUUCCUGAAAAUGAAGUUUAUCACAAUAUAUAUUGAUAUUGCACCAUCAGCAGUACAAUAAACAUUACCAUAUGUAGAUUAAUAGGCUGAAAUAUUGAUUAAUUGACUCAUUAUUUAAGCAGUGUUCAUUCAGCGUUCAGCUUCUCAAAAAUGAGGAUUUGCUGCUUUUUUGCUGCAUUUCACAACAUUGUGUAUUGAAUCUUGUUCACUUUGGACAUUUGUCAUUGUGACACUUUAAGUGAUUAAUUGUUUAAGCUUUCAAUCAAAUAAAGAUUUGAUGGAAUAUAUUAUAAUGUGGUUUAUGACUUUUUACCACCUUCAGAUCUCGUCACGAGUCAAAGUUACAUUGAGUUUUAGACACUGAUACACGAAGAUGAUAACACUCAGCUUUUCAUGACACCAUUGAUUAACUAACUAAUUCUGAUAUUUGGUUCACUGUAGAAAUGAUUGAUGAAGUGAUUGGAUGCAUUUUUAACACUUCCUCGGUUGCUGUGUGUCAAUACUUGACGAGUCGGCAUGUUUUCACUCAAAUUUGUGGACGAUCAUUUACUGUUAAAAUCCCACCUUUAACCUCAAACUUCAGACGCUCCCGUCCGCGGCGCCAGUCUGCGCUCGGCUCUGAAAGAAGAGCUGAGGAUGAUCCACGAGAAGAUGGAGGCCAAGAGGAUCGCUCGCAUCGCUCUGGCCGAGAUCAGGGCCUUCCUCGCCGAAGAGGAGGAGGAGAAGGAGGCGGCCUGGGCGUCGAAGAUGAAGACGCUGGAGGUUGCACAGGAGCAACUGAGAGAGGAGAGGGAGAGGGAGGCAGAGAGAGUGGAGAAGGAGAAAGAGGAAAAGGAAAAGCUGGAGAAGGAGAAAAUGGAAAAGGAGAAGGCGGAGAAGGAAAAGAUAGAAAGAGAAAGGAUGGAGAAGGAGAGGAUUGAAAGGGAGAAAGCCGAUAAGGAAAGGAUGGAGAAGGAGAAAGCGGAGAAGGAGAGAAUGGAAAAGGAGAAGGCUGAUAAGGAAAAGAUAGAAAGAGAAAGGAUGCAGAAGGAGAGGAUGGAGAGAGAAGCCAAAGAGAAAGCUGAAAAGCAGAGGCUGGAGCAGGCGGCCAGAGAAGAGAGGGAACGACUGGAGCGAGAGAAGAUUGAGAAGGAAAGGAUGGAGCGAGAGAGGGCGGCCAAGGAAAAGGAGGAGAAGGAACGACUGGAGAAAGAAAGACUGGAGAGGGCUGAAAAGGAGAAGAUAGAGAGGGAACGCGUCGCCAAAGAGAGAGAGAGAAUAGCUAAGGAGAAGGAGAGGAUGGAGAGAGAGAAGGCGGAGAAAGAACGACAAGAGAAGGAGAGACUAGAGAAAGAAAGGAUCGCCAAAGAGAAAGCAGAGAAAGAAAGACUGGAGAGGGAACGCAUCGCCAGAGAAAGAGAGAGAAUUGCCAGAGAGAAGGAGCGACAAGAGAAAGAAAGAGCAGAGAAAGAAAGACUGGAGAGGGAACGCAUCGCCAGAGAAAGAGAGAGACUUGAGAAAGAAAGGAUUGCUAGAGAGAAAGCGGAGAGAGAGAGGCUGGAGAGGGAGCGUAUCGCAAAGGAAAGAGAGAGAAUUGCAAGGGAGAAGGCUGAAAAGGAGAGGCAAGAGAAAGAACGACUCGCCAAGGAAAGAGCCGAAAAAGAAAGACUGGAACGAGAACGCAUUGCUAAGGAAAGAGAGAGGAUCGCCAGGGAAAGAGAAAGGGCAGAAAAGGAAAGACUGGAAAAAGAAAGAAUCGCCAAAGAGAGGGAGAGGAUGGAGAGAGAAAAGGCGGCAAAAGAGAGAGAAAGACUGGAGAGGGAAAGAGCAGAAAAAGAGAGGGAGCGAAUGGCGAAGGAAAGAGAGAGAGUCGCCCGGGAGAAGGAGCUGAUGGAGAGGCAGAGGCUCGCCAGAGAAAAAGCUCUGCGGGAGAAGAUGGAGGCGGAGAGGCUGGCGAAGGAGAGAGCGGACAGAGAACGAAACGCCGCAAAGGUUGACGUGAACAGACGGGAAACUCUGGAGAGGAAACCAAACGCCUCUCAGCCGAAAGCUCCGGCAGCCGAGGGGAAAACUGAGAGAGUGAGUGUGGCAGCGGUCAGGAGAGAGAAGACGGCUGUGGGCGGGAAAUGAUGCUGCGGACACAAAGUUAGUCUCAUAAACGGUGCUAGAACUUGAAUUUACUGAGGGUUAAAGGAAACGUGCAACAGGAGACUUAAAAUAAAGUAAAUAAAUAUCUAAACUGUGAGUUUCAGUUACUGCAGAGCAGAGGGAUCCUGACGACACACAAGGGAACAGACCAAAGAGGAUUUAAACAGUAGUUUGCUGCAGGUAAAAACAGAAAUGCCCAGGUGUUUGUUUCCUGGAAGCGUCUUGCUUCAGUUUGCAUGUUGGCGUGAUGUGACUGCAGAGUUAGUUUAGUCUUCCACAGCUUUGAGUCAGACAGCGUAGCUGCUCUUCUGCGUAGGAAUACGGCAGUGCAACGGUUGAUAAAAUGUAGUUCCAAAGGGAAGAGCUGUUUAUCAGUGAGAGGAAGUGGUGAUAAUAUUCAAAAUAAAGCGUACACUUCCUCUGAUAUGAGCCUUUUUUUUCUGUGGGCACGUUUUAAAGUUUCUAAAAAUAUAACGUUUUUCUUGCUACAGUGAACCUCACGUCAGAUAUCCAGAACUAUCACUUUAAACUUGAACAUCUGUCUGUGCAGUAAAGACAGGAUGAGACCACAGUCACACUCCAGAUGUCCUGCGGGUUUUUAUUUCUCAUGUUUAUCAUGUCUGUUUGUCAGAUCUGGUCUUCAGCAUCUUGUAAGGAACAGAUCUGGGUUAAAGGAAGAGUUGAGUUCAAGGGGAAUGGGAGCUUUUAAAACACUCACAAUAACUGACGUGUCCAGCUGUCGGACUUCAGUUUACUUGAUAGCAGCGGUUUCAUUCAGUCCCAAGUAGCUUCCACUAAUUAGCUUUUCCUUCUAAAUGUGAGAAAAGAUUUGAUAAAUAAAUGUUGAUUUUCAAGAUGGAGAUGUGUUUGUCUUCCUUCUCAGUGUAAUGGAAAUGUGGCGGUGUUGUUAUGUGUGGCGAGAUUGUCAGACAUGCAAACCGUCCGUUACUAAGGCAACUAUAAGAGCACAGUGUAAUAACUGAAACCCCCCCCCUUCCUCUGCUCAGUCCUAUCUCUCUCCACCACAGCUUCCUGCUCCGUUCGCUCUAACGCUCAGCACUCCGGCUUUAUUUCCUCCCACAGGAAAAUUAUCAGGUGCUUGAACUGCUGACCUCCUCGCUGCCGGGGGGGGGCGGGGUCAAAGGUUUCUUCUGUGACCUCAAGUGAGAGAAGUAAACGUUUGGUUGGCGGAUGGACAAAGAGGCACUG